UGCCUAUGAACAAUCGUUUGUCUUUAAUAUUUGUAUUUCAAUCAUAAUCUCUGUUUCGUGUAUUUUGAAAGCUGCUGUCAAUUGUUAAAAUAGAAUCGACAUGUUUCACAAAUCUCCAAAAUCUGUUUGGUUUAUCGUAUGUGAUGAACUGUGCGAACGGUUUAACUACUAUGGACUUAGAACUAUCCUGGUGUUGUACCUGACAUCGAUAUUAAAUUAUACCGACGAUGAGUCGAUAAUGAUCUACCAUGGUUUUAUAUUUGUGUCGUAUUUCAUGCCAUUGUUCGGUGCUAUAUUGGCCGACUCUUACUGGGGAAAAUUUAAAACCAUGAUACGACUGUCGAUAGUCUAUGCUCUGGGAAACGUCAUCCUCACUGGAGCUUCGAUGGCCAACAAUUUCACUCUCGACAGUCAAAGAGUCAUUGCCAUCGUCGGUUUAAUAUGUAUUGCGUUGGGAACGGGCGGCAUAAAACCGUGCGCUUGCACGUUCGGCGGCGAUCAAUUCCAAUUGCCAGAGCAACAAGAUCAACUUUCAACAUUUUUCAACAGAUUUAUAACGGCGAUUUACGUUGGAUCGUUGAUAUCGACGUUUUUAGCACCCGAGCUACGGAAAAGCGCACAGUGCUUUGGAAGGGACACGUGCUAUCCACUGGCGUUUGGCGUACUGUCACUGCUCAUGAUAACGGCAGUAGUCAUUUUUAUUCUCGGAAGAAAUUUGUAAGUGAAAAAGAAACCGGAGAAUCACGUGAUCUUCAAGACUUUUGACUGCAUUUAUUACGGCGUUCGCAAAAGUAUCGUUUCGUCGUCUUCCAACGACGACGGUCAUUGGCUGGAUCUCGCGAGAAACAAGUACUCGAAAACCGAAGUGUCGGACACGAAGGCGGCGCUGGAAGUGCUGUACACGUUCAUCGCGUAUCCGGUGUUUUGGGCGCUCUACGAACAACAAGGUUCGCGGUGGACGUUGCAAGCGACGUUGAUGGACGGUAAGUUGGACGGCAUCGGUUGGGAGAUCAAACCCGACCAGAUGCAAACCAUUCACCCGCUGUUCGCGCUCCUGUUGACCCUGUCGUUCGACCACGUCCUAUACCCGUUCCUGGCCAAGUUCGGCAUCCGGCGGCCGCUGCAGAAGCUCAUAUUCAGCUGUUCCAUGGCCGUGCUGGCCUUUCUGUUCGCCGCCAUUCUGCAGUACAAACUAUUAGGCAACAGCACUGUGAUACCCACUACCGAGGGACAGUUCGUUGUUUAUAACGGCUUCGAUUGUAACGCUCGCGUGUUGGGUUCGUCGCUGGAGUUGGUGAGCAACAACGAUAUCGAUCCGCUGGGCUCGGCCAAGUUCAGGUACACUCCGAGUUCCGACGAUGGCGUCGUAAACAUAAGGCUGAAAUUGAACGAAUCCUGUGAUUCGUACGUUAACUACGACAAUCUGGACACUAACCUGACCGUAUCCAGAGGAGAGUCAAUAUCGUAUUUUUUAACGUCCAGCUCUGUAAAUAAAGAAGUACAAUUACGACGUAUCAAUCAUUACGACGAUUUCAUAAAGCCUAAAAAUGGCCAUCCGAAUCUGAGAAUCGUAAUCGGCACCGAUAUCAAUAAGGACGAAUCUCUUGAGCUCGUGGCCGCCGGGAAAAAUCACUUGUCGUACAACAUAUCUUCGUUUGCAAACGAAAAUUUCAAACAGAUGCCAUUCGGAAGAUAUAAUUUAGUGAACGCCGGAGGACUGAUCUCCUCGGACAUAAGUCUCAUGCCGGCGACGAUAUAUACACUCGUCGUACGACGGGGCGACGACGACAACCACGGCCCGGAAUCGAAAUUGUACGCUACGGACGAGGGCAACUACUUGCACAUUUUAUGGCAGACACCCCAAUACGUGUGUAUGAUUGUAGCGGACGUGAUUUUUAUCGCCACGACGAUUCAAUUUUCGUUUACCGAAGCGCCGCCCAGAAUAAAAUCGUUCGUAGCGGCCUGUUACUCGAUGACUCAGGCGAUCGGAAAUCUAGUGGUCGUCUUUGUUUCGGCUCUGUCCUUUCGCAAACAAGUACAUGAAUAUCUAUUUUUCUCCGGACUUAUGCUGGCAGACACUUUGUUAUUGGCUUAUUUGAGUUAUAAUUACAAGUACAAAGCUUUCAGACAACGGCUAAACGAAAACAACGACGACGAUGACGAUAACGUCGAGACAAAUCAAAGGGAUAUUCAACUCGAUGGGAAGUGAUUAUUAAAUACUUCCUUUAUUAAUACAUUCUGACGUCUGAUUGCAUAAUAUAAGGGUUGAUUUAAUCUAAUUACAAAUUGAGCAUCGUCGAUAACUUUGUACCUAUCUAUUUAUUGUUGUAUUCGUCAUCUUUUGUAAAGAUAUUUUUUUAUUUUCGAUCAUAGUUUAAUAAAAUAAUAAAUAAGAUAUUAUGCUGUCAGUGUACAAAACAUUAUCAACACAUAAAUAAUUGGUAAACGUUUUUUUAUUGUAAUGUGUGAUUUAUUCAUUUAAUCGUUAAGUAAAUGUUAAUCCGAUCUCGUCUACUUUAUAUAAUAGUAAUAUGUUUACUAAUUAAUACUGGACAAUCACAAAUUAUGAGUAAAUAAUUAUCAUUUGUUUAAAUUAGAAAUUAAAUUAAAUGCCACUAAGUCUUGAAUCUGUUUAUAAUUGUAACUCGAAUAAAGUGACAAUCAUUGAGAUGCAGUCGUCAUAAUUUUUUCACGAUUAUCGACUAUUAUACGUAUAUUUUUUUUAAGUGACUUCACAUUAAUUGUAUGUGUUGUAACUUUGUGAGCAGAGCCCUACUUAAAGGAUGCUAGGGGGCUGUAGCUCCAGCAGGCGCCGUUAUAAUUAGGAGCCCUCAUCAUAUGCGUUAUAUUUAUAUAAAUAUAAAUUUAAAUCAAUAUUAAAUAAUUACUUUUAGACUUAUGGUAUAAUUUAUUUAUAAUCUUAAACAUAAAUUUAAUAUAAAAAACAAUAAAGCAAAAUCACCUGAAUUUAUAAUUUAGGUUGCGGUAGCUCGCCAAAAAAUUAGCCCCAAAAUUCAUAAGUGGGGCGCUGCUUAAAUGUUAUGACUCUGAGUUAUAAAGUCGUAUAGGAAUUAGUACAUAGAUCGAUUAACAUUCUACUCAAAUAGCAUUAAUACUAAUACAAGAUGAUUUAUUAAAAAGAAUCCACCCACCUGUUAUCAUCAGCUAAGUACGCAUGUAAAAGAGUUUCGGUGUCACUGACUGCACUUUAUCUAUAAUUGUCUUUUAUUGUACUUGGAAAGAUUGUUCAAUA